AGUUGUGGCCGGAGAAAUUUGCGAAGAAGAAGCAAUGAAGAGUGACUUCCUCACUUCCACAACGCACUUCAAUCCUUCAAUCUUUCUUCCGAAAUUACCCUCAAGAAAGUCAAAAAUAUCAAUAACGUCAUCAUCUUCACCCGGAGUCCGACCCGACCCGUGGUCACUCAGCGGCGGCAACCCGGAGAAACCUAAACCGAGAUUCGAGAGGCCGAAACAUCCGUUAUCAGACGACGACGCUCGAAGAAUCAUAAAGAAGAAAGCACAGUAUCUAAGCACGUUGAGAAGGAACCAAGGCUCACACGCGAUGACUCCGAAAUGGAUUAAGCGAACUCCUGAGCAAAUGGUUCAGUAUUUGGAAGAUGAUCGGAAUGGUCAGAUGUACGGGAAACAUGUGGUGGCUGCGAUUAAGACGGUGAGAGGCUUGUCACAGAGGAGACAAGGUAGUGAUGAUAUGAGAAUUGUGAUGAGUAGCUUUGUAACGAAGCUGAGUUUUAGAGAUAUGUGUGUUGUAUUGAAAGAACAAAGAGGGUGGAGACAAGUUCGUGACUUCUUCUCUUGGAUGAAAUUGCAGUUGAGUUACCGUCCGAGUGUAGUUGUCUAUACGAUUGUUCUUCGUUUGUAUGGACAAGUCGGGAAGAUUAAGAUGGCUGAAGAAACUUUUUUGGAAAUGCUUGAAGUUGGAUGUGAACCAGAUGCAGUAGCUUGUGGUACAAUGUUGUGUACAUAUGCUAGAUGGGGACGUCAUAACGCUAUGUUGACGUUUUACAAAGCUGUUCAAGAAAGGCAGAUCAUUUUAUCUACUUCUGUGUAUAAUUUCAUGCUGUCGUCUCUUCAGAAGAGAUCACUUCAUGAGAAAGUGAUAGAUUUAUGGUUAGAAAUGGUUGAGGAAGGUGUGGUACCGACUGAAUUCACGUAUACGGUAGUUGUGAGCUCAUAUGCUAAACAGGGUUAUAAAGAGGAGGCGUUGAAUGCUUUUGGUGAGAUGAAGAGCUUGGCAUUUGUCCCAGAGGAAGUAACUUACAGCUCAGUUAUUGGUUUAAGUGUGAAGGCUGGUGAUUGGGAUCAGGCGGUUAGGUUGUAUGAGGAUAUGAGAUUUCAAGGGAUCGUUCCGAGCAACUAUACUUGUGCUUCUAUGUUAAGUUUAUAUUACAAAACUGAGAAUUACCCGAAAGCACUUUCUCUCUUUGCAGACAUGGAAAGAUUUAAAAUUCCAGCUGAUGAGGUUAUCCGUGGGUUGAUCAUCAGAAUAUAUGGGAAGUUUGGACUUUUCCAUGAUGCACAAAGUAUAUUUGAGGAGACUGAACGUCUGAAUCUACUGGCUGAUGAGAAAACAUAUUUGGCAAUGUCUCAAGUUCAUUUGAAUUCGGGAAAUGUUGUCAAAGCAUUAGAUGUAAUUGAAAAGAUGAAGACCAAAGAUAUACCUUUUUCCAGAUUUGCCUAUAUUGUCAUGUUACAGUGUUAUGCUAAAGUACAGAAUGUUGACUGUGCUGAAGAAGCAUUUCGAGCUUUAUCAAAGACUGGACUUCCUGAUGCCAGUUCUUGUAACGACAUGCUAAAUUUGUAUACCAGGCUCAAUUUAGGAGAGAAAGUUAAGGGUUUUAUCAAGCAGAUAAUUGCUGAUCAAGUACACUUUGAUAUAGAGCUAUACAAGACGGCUAUGAGAGUCUAUUGCAAGGAGGGAAUGGUAGCAGAAGCUCAAGAGCUGGUAGAGAAAAUGCGUAGAGAGGCAGGAUUUAAGGAUAACAGAUUUGUACAAACACUUGCAGAGGCUAUGCAUAUCGAUAAAAACAAGCAGGAUACACAUGAAGCAGUUAUAAACGUUAGUCGACUUGAUGUCACGGCUCUUGGAAUGCUGCUCAAUUUGCGACUAAAAGAGGGAAAUUUGAAUGAGACUGAAGCAAUAUUGAAAUUAAUGUUCAUGACUGAUCUUAGUUCAUCGGCAGUAAAUCGAGUCAUAAGUAGCUUUGUGAGAGAAGGUGAUGUAUCUAAAGCAGAGAUUCUCGCCGAUAUAAUUAUCAGACUUGGGCUCAAGAUAGAGGAGGAAACAAUCGCUACUUUGAUUGCGGUAUAUGGGAGGCAACAUAAGCUUAAAGAAGCAAAACGACUUUACCUUGCAGCAGGAGAAUCUAAAACUCUUGGGAAAUCUAUUAUCAGCUCAAUGAUUGACGCUUAUGUCAGAUGUGGCUGGCUGGAAGAUGCAUAUGGACUUUUCAUGGAAUCAGCAGAAAAGGGCUGUGAUCCGGGUGCUGUUACAAUCAGCAUACUUGUGAAUGCUCUAACAAAUCGAGGGAAACACCGAGAAGCAGAACAUAUAUCACAGACCUGCCUUGAAAAUAACAUGGAGCUUGACACAGUGGGAUAUAAUACUCUUAUCAAGGCAAUGCUAGAAGCAGGUAAACUUCAAUGUGCAUCCGACAUUUAUGAGCAGAUGCGUAGCUCAGGUGUUCCUUGUUCGAUUCAGACCUACAACACAAUGAUCAGCGUGUAUGGGCGUGGUCUGCAGCUGGACAAAGCAAUUGAGAUUUUUAGUGAUGCUCGUGGAUCGGGAUUAUAUCUGGACGAGAAAAUAUACACAAAUAUGAUCAUGCAUUAUGGAAAGGCUGGAAAGAUGAAUGAAGCAUUGGCAUUGUUUACUGAAAUGCAGAAGAAAGGGAUUAAACCUGGAAUGCCUAGUUACAACAUGAUGGUCAAAACUUGUGCAACCAGUAAGCUCCAUGGCAAGGUUGAUGAACUUCUUCAAGCAAUGGAAAGAAGUGGUCGAUGUACCGACCCAUCAUCCACAUACCUCACUUUAGUUCAAGCCUAUGACGAGAGUUCACAGUACGCAGAAGCAGAGAAGACGAUAACUCUCAUGCAAGAGAAAGGCAUCCCGCUAUCUCACAGCCAUUUCAGUUCAUUGCUCUCUGCUUUCGCCAAAAAUGGGAUGAUGGAUGAGGCCGAAAGGAUAUACCAUAAGAUGUCUGAAGCUGGUAUAACUCCAGACAGUGCUUGCAAGCGCACGAUCCUAAAGGGAUACUUGAGCUAUGGUAACGCGGAGAAAGGGAUAUUGUUCUAUGAGAAAAUGAUAAGAAGCUCUGUGAAAGAUGACAGAUUUGUUAGCAGUGUAGUUAAAGAUCUGUAUAAAGCUGUUGGUAAAGAACAAAUUGUAUAAAAGAAGAUAUUUGUAAACAUUCCAAUUCAAUA